AUGCCCGAUAUCAAGCUUAAAAACCAACCCUUCGACGUCGCUUUUCACCCCACCUCUCCCAUCCUAUACACCUCUCUCCUUACUGGUGAGGUGAAAGCAUUCAGGUACGACGACACCCUAGGCGAGUCUUCCUCGACAUCAUGGACCGCAAGACCCACCAGAAGAACAGCCAGGGCUGUAGUAGUGAAUCAAAUGGGGGAGUCUGUCUGGGUAGGAGGAAAGAGUGGAGCACUGUUUCGAUUGGAUGCGGAAUCAGGGAAGGUCAAGCAAGAAAGGGCUGGAGCUCAUGAAACACCCAUCAACAGAUUAUUCUGUGUCAACGAAAAUCUACUAGCUUCAGGAGACGAUGAAGGACUUAUAAGGUUCUGGGAUCCGAGAAAAGAAGAUUGUAUACGAUCGUAUAAUCAUCAUCAAGAUUAUAUAUCUGAUUUUUGUUAUUUCGAUGAUAAACGACAAUUAGUUUCCACUUCAGGAGAUGGACGUCUUUCCGUCAUUGACAUACGAGUCAAUAAAACUGUCCCUUUGGCCAUUUCAGAAGAUCAAGAAGACGAACUUCUCUCUUUGGUCCCUAUCAAGGGUGGUACCAAGUUGGCCGUUGGUACGGGACUGGGUGUGUCCGGUUGGGGAGAUUGCGUCGACAGAGUACCGGGACAUCCAGCUUCUAUAGACGCUCUGGUGGCUCUCACUCCCGAUGUCAUUGCUACCGGUUCUGAAGAUGGUAUGAUACGGGUUUUACAACUGUUACCGAACAAGUUUCUCGGGGUGAUAGCCACUCAUGAAGAUUACCCUAUAGAACGUCUCAAACUUGAUCGGAACGCCAAGUGGCUGGCCAGUGUCAGCCAUGAUCUAUGUAUCAAGCUAACGGAUGUUGAAGAUAUGUUUGAGGAGAGCGAUGAGGAAAUGGAGGAAGAAAAUGUGGAAGAGGAGGGAAGGACCAGCAGAACAGAAGUCAACGGGGAUGUGGAUAUGACUGGACAAUCUGAUACAGAAGAGGAUGAUGAUGAGGAUGAAGAUGAAGAUAACGAAGAAAGGGACGAGGACGAGGGUGAGGAAAAGGAAGGGGAGGAAGAGAGUGAGGAAGAAGAACAGCCAAAGAAGAAAAAAGAAGUGAAGAAAGGUGGUAAAGGUGGGUCAGGAGAUAUGGGUCGUGUUCGACAAGACGACGCUACUUUCUUUGACGAUCUAUAA